AGAAGAAGAAGAAGAAGAAGAAGAAGAACGAUGACUCACAGAAGAACCAAACUCUUCAUGAUGGCUGCAGUUGUGUCGUACGUGAUGACAUCAUGCGGCGCCGUCCCCAUCAAUGACCUGCUGGACCGAGCGUCUCAGCGUUCGGACCAACUGCACUCGCUCAGCACGACACUCAGCCAAGAGCUGGACUCUCAUUUCCCUCCUAUUGGUCGGGUGAUCAUGCCGCGGCCCUCCAUGUGCCACACCUCCGCUCUGCAGACGCCCAAUGACAAGACUCAGGCUCUUCAAGUAUCGGAGUCCGAGCUGUUGUCCCUGGCUCGCUCUCUGCUCCAGGCCUGGGCCGACCCUCUGUCCGCCCUGUCCUCCUCGGCCUUCUCUCUGCCUCACCCGGCACAAAGCAGCAUAUUCAACAAGGUGCGCGAGAUGCAGGAGCACUCCAAGAACCUGGGGGACGGCCUGGACAUCCUCUCUGGGAAAAUGGGUGAGGCGGCGCAGGCUCUCUCCUCCCUGCCCUUCAGAGGCAACGACGUCGGCCAGGACAGGAUUUCCAAACUGAUCAACUUCCACUUCCUGUUGUCCUGCUUCCGACGGGACUCCCACAAGAUUGACAGCUUCCUGAAAGUCCUGCGCUGCCGGGCUGCAAACACGCAACCUGAGAUGUGCUGAGGGGCGGAGGCCUGACUCCGAGGGGAGACGUUCCCACAGCUUCUGUUCCCUGUCAACCGUAGAUUAGCAUGUUCUGUGAAUCGACUGUCGGCUGCGCUCACCGCUGGGCGGAGCUGUGGAGGAGUUAGUGUUUUAUUUCAUGUGACCCUUCGUCACUGAUCCAGUUCUAAUGUGAUCUCCGUAAAAAACAGAUUCCACAUGUGACCAAACAGAAUCUGAAGCCGUCUGGUUUAUUUAUUCAUUUCAUCACAUUCGAUCAUUAAAAACUAAGCUCCGAGCACAAAGUUCACCGAAACGGUCGGCGACGCGUUGUCCCUCAGAGAUCCGUCACAGUCUGAUGACGGACCUCUGAAGGACCGUGUGUUGCUCAUAUACUCGUCCCCAGAUGUUUCCAGUUGUUGAUGACCUGUCCACACUGGGGUCACAGACUAACUCCUCCUCGUUCUGUUUCUACCGAAGCUUCGUCCUCAACAGACGAGAGACGAACGGAGCCGACGCCACAGCUUCCUUCUUCUCGCAGAGAGUCACUGUUUGACUUCACUCAUGACAAACUGCAGCACUUUCCCUCAGAGCUUCUGUGUGUCAAUAAAACGCAUC